AUGACCUGGACCAUCUUUGCUCAAGCUCUGCUGUGUCUGACGCCGCUCUUAGCCGGUGCUCAGUCCGACACGGCUUCCACUGAUGCUACAGCCAGCUCUACUUCAUCCGUGUCUGCGCAAUUUACAGUCCCCGCGUCUGCCGAUGAGGGUGCUAAUUUGCUGCCCAACAUCUACGAUCCGGACGCGAUGGUCGCUCAAGUCGAAUGUUCGGGGUACACCGCCAGUGAAGUCACUACUUCCUCAGCCGGCAUCCGAGCUCGACUAAGCCUCGCUGGCGGUGCAUGUAAUGUUUACGGUAGCGAUAUCGAUGAGUUGGAUUUGGUGGUUGACUACCAGACUGACACCCGACUACAUGUGUCGAUUCAGCCCAGCCACAUCACCGCAGACAAUGAGAGUUGGUUCAAUUUGCCUCCAGAACUAGUGCCUACUGCUGAGCAGGAGGACGGCAGUCCAGACUCGAGUGACCUUACCUUCUCUUGGGAGAACGACUCAGACGCCGGGUUUGGUUUCAAUGUUACGCUUAACAGUACGGGCGAGGUCCUUUUUUCGACCAUUGGAACCAAGCUUGUCUACGAAGACCAGUUCAUUGAAUUUGUCACGUUCCAGCCAGACGACUACAACCUCUACGGUCUUGGUGAGGUUAUCCAUGAGUUGAGGCUUGGCAAUAACUUCACACGGACAAUAUACGCAGCAGACGUGGGCGAUCCUAUCGAUCGAAAUCUCUAUGGCUCUCACCCUUUCUAUCUGCAGACCAGAUACUAUGAGAUCAGCAACGGCAGCGAGCCAACUCUUCUCACAAAAUCAGAGGGCCUUCGUGAUGCAUCAGGCAACUAUAGCUCCUAUACCCACGGCGUCUAUCUCAGAAACGCGCACGGCCAAGAGGUCCUGAUGAAUCCCAACAAUGUCACUUGGCGCACUCUUGGAGGUAGCAUUGAUCUGUACUUCUUCUCGGGACCCACUCAGCCAAAUACCACUCAACAGUAUCUCGACGUGGUUGGAAGACCAACUAUGCAGCAAUACUGGGGCUUUGGGUUUCAUCAAUGCCGAUGGGGCUACCAGAAUUGGUCUGUCACAGAAGAGGUAGUGAACAGCUACGAAAGGUUCGGGAUCCCGCUUGAGACAAUCUGGAAUGACAUUGAUUACAUGCGCGGUUAUCGUGAUUUCGAGAACGACCAGACUAGAUUCCCAUACGACGAAGGUGCAGACUUCCUCCAUCGUCUGCACGAUAGUGGUCGCCAUUACAUCCCGAUCAUUGAUGCCGCGAUAUACGCACCAAAUCCUGACAACGAGAGUGAUGCCUACCAACCUUUCACCACAGGCAACGAAUCUGAAGUAUGGCUGCUGAAUCCAGAUGAGUCGGUCUAUAUCGGAGCUGUUUGGCCGGGAUAUACGGUCUUCCCUGACUGGCUCAAGGACGAGACGCACGAUUGGUGGACAGGUGAAGUAAUGUCCUACCAUUCCAAGAUCCCCAUAGACGGCAUUUGGAUCGACAUGAAUGAGGUGUCUUCGUUCUGUGUCGGCUCCUGCGGCACCGGAAAUCUCAGUCUCAACCCAGUCCAUCCGUCGUUCGCCCUCAAUGGAGAACCUGGACACAUCCAGUAUGACUAUCCAGAAGGCUUCAAUCUCACCAACCAGACCGAAGCAGCCUCUGCAUCUGCUGCAAGCUCUUCCCAGGCAGCCGCCUCCUCGACCUCGGACUCUGCAGCCUCUAGCACGUCGAGCACGAGCUACCUCCACACCACACCCACUGCGGGUCUUCGUAACCUCAAUCAUCCGCCCUAUGUGAUAAAUCAUGUUCAAGAGGGUGCCGAUCUAGCCGUCCAUGCCGUCUCUCCCAACGCAACCCAUCAUAACGGUGUUCAGGAGUACGAUGUCCACAACCUCUAUGGCCAUAUGAUCCUACAAUCUACUUACCGCGCACUUCUCGCAACUAUGCCUGGGAAGAGACCCUUCAUCAUCGGGCGCAGCACUUUCUCCGGCAGUGGCAACUACACGGGUCAUUGGGGUGGCGAUAAUGCGUCUAAAUUCUACUAUAUGUACUUCUCGAUACCACAAGCACUGUCUUUCUCCUUGUUCGGCAUUCCCAUGUUCGGCGUUGAUACAUGCGGCUUCAACGGGAACUCGGACGAGGAGCUCUGUAACCGCUGGAUGCAGCUGUCGGCCUUCUUCCCUUUCUACCGCAACCACAACACCCUUGCUACCAACAGUCAGGAGGCCUAUGUCUGGGCAAGCGUUGCCGAAGCGAGUCGGAUGGCUAUGGCAAUUCGAUUCCAGCUCCUGCCGUACCUCUACACGCUCUUCUACUACGCUCAUACACGCGCGGACACCGUCAUGCGCGCGUUGGCGUGGGAGUUUCCCAACGAUCCCUCGCUGGCAAGUGCGGAUCGACAGUUCUUUCUCGGUCCGGCGAUCCUUGUCACGCCCGUUCUCAAUCAGGGCGAUGAGACGGUCGAUGGCAUCUUCCCGGGCUUGAUCGAGGGCACCGAUCUGUACUACGACUGGUACAAUCAGAGUCAGAUCGAGGUACCAGGCCAGAAGAACACAACCAUCGAUGCCCCGUUAGGACAUAUACCGGUGUAUAUCCGUGGCGGAAACGUACUUGCGAUGCAGCAACCGGCAUUGACGACCAGAGAUGCGAGAAAGACCGGGUGGAGUGUGCUGGUAGCACCCGGCGUGGACGGUUCGGCAAGCGGAAGUCUGUAUCUGGACGAUGGCGAGAGCUUGGAGCCGAAUGCGACUAAGCUCGUCACUCUCACGGCUGCCGUGGCAUCGACCGGGAAUCUGAGUCUGCAGGUUGAGAUCGAGGGCGACUUUGAUGGGCUCGACACGCCUCUAGGCAACGUCACAUUUCUGGACGUGCCGCAGAACAAAACAACGGCGUCGAUCAAUGGCGAAGAGGUCGGUAAGGUGAGUCAUAACGCGACAAGCAACAGCGUGCUGGUGUCCGGUCUCGAUCAGGCUCUGAACGGAAAGGCAUGGGGAACAGGCUUCACUCUCACAGUCCAGUAG